CACCUGUAAUCCCAACACACAGGAGGCAGAGGCAGGCAGAUCUCUAUGAGUUUGAGGCCAGCCUAAUCUGCAAAGUGAGUUCAGGACAGCCAAUGCUACACAGAGACACACUGUCUUGAAAAAACAAACCAAAAAAAAAAAAAGAAAAAGAAAAAGAAAGAAAGAAAGAAAAAGAUCAUUUAACACUUAUGCCUUAAAGAAGAUUCGUGUUUAAAGCAGAUAAAUUCAGAAUUCAUUUGGUACACAUAAGGACGAGGGAAAGUAGAACAUCCAAAUUGUGUGUGUGUGUGUGUGUAUGUAUGUAUGUAUGUGUAUGCGCGCGUGCGUACGUACUAUGAAAGGAAUGAAGCAGUCAUGGACAAGAGAACUAGCCAUCAGUACAGCAAAACCACCAUAGAAUGAGGAAAAGAGGGAGGGCAAAAGAGAACUCUUAAUUGUUCAGAGAACCCAGAGAACCUCUGUCCCCUCCCCCGCAGCCCUGCCAGAAUGUUGGCUCUGAAAGAAUGAGCAGGUUAACAGAUGUCAGGUGUCCAUGGCCUCCGGAGGAUAAGAGAUGAUCUGAUUUAUAGAACUGGCUGAGUCAUUGUAGUUACACGGCUCAUCUCCAUGAACAUCAAAGAAAGCAACACUUGAAAGGAGUCCCUGUGCUGUACAUAACCACCAAGCCAGGAGAAAAGAAAGAACGGAGACAUAGCAUGAAGGCUGCAGGGUUCAAGCUGGGCAGCACCCAGUAAGGGACAGGCACAAGUCUGGAUUCCUGAGUCUGGGAAAAUCUGCUUCUCAGAGAGAGCUGCCACUGAUGGACAUAGAUCCUACAUCAUCAACAACUUGUUUGCGCCAUGUCAGUGGCAGCAUCAGUGAGAGGGAUUGCCUCCAUUCUUUCUGUUCUACAGAUCAGGCAAAUCGCCUUAAAGGAAGCUAAGAUAACAUUUUGUAUUUGGGCUGCUCAGCAGUGGAACUUGGGUCAGAGACCAGUGCCAGGACAGCCAUCUGUCAGUGUAGCGAUCCUGGUGCUAUUGAUUUUUCUCCCGAGCACAUUCUGUGACACAGGCUCUGUAUAUAAUUCUUCCUAUGAAACAGUCAUCCCCAAGAGACUGCCGGGCAAGGGGGCCGAAGAUCCCGAAGAGAAGGUGUCCUACAUGCUGUUGAUGCAGGGCCAGGAGCAGCUGCUUCAUCUGAAGGUGAAGGGACACUACUCCAUGAAGAACUUCCCAGUCUACAGUUACCACAGUGGCAUCCUGGGGCAAGAAAUGCCUCUCGUGUCACAGGACUGCCACUAUGAGGGCUACAUGGAAGGAGUUCCAGGCUCCUUUGUGUCUGUCAACAUCUGCUCAGGCCUCAGGGGCGUCCUGAUUAAGGAGGGGACGUCCUAUGUCAUUGAGCCCAUGCUCUCUUCCAAAAAGUAUGAACACACCCUCUAUGCCGUGGCACAUCAGCCUCAGGUCUCCUGCAGCGUCACUCCCAGAGACAGCCCAGGGGACAUGAGCCAGCAACAGAGGAGCAGGGAGCCUGAUAACCUACAGGCGCUGUCGGACUUGUGGUCACACACCAAGUACGUGGAGCUGUUUGUCGUGGUCAACCACCAGCGGUUCCAGAUGUGGGGCAGUAACGUCAAGGAGACGGUGCGGGCAGUAGUGGACAUCAUUGCUCUGGCCAACAGCUUCACCAGGGGCAUAAACACAGAGGUGGUGCUGGUGGGUGUGGAGAUCUGGACGGAGGGGGACCUGAUAGAGGUGCCUGGGGACCUGCAGGCUACGCUCGGGAAUUUCAACCGCUGGAGACAGGAGAAGCUUAGGGACCGGGUCAGGCACGAUGUUGCACACUUGAUCGUUGGGCAUCACCCAGGAGAGAACGAGGGCCUGGCCUUUCUCAAUGGUGCCUGUUCAGGUGGGUUUGCGGCAGCUGUGGAGGCCUUCCAUCAUGAAGAUGUGCUCCUGUUUGCGGCCCUCAUGGCCCACGAGCUCGGGCACAACCUGGGUAUCCAGCACGACCACCCGGCCUGCACCUGUGACCCUAAGCACUUCUGCCUCAUGCACGAGAAGAUCAGUAAGGACAGUGGCUUCAGCAACUGCAGCUCUGACCACUUCUACCGUUUCCUCCACGACCACAGAGGGUCCUGCCUGCUUGAUGAGCCCUGGCACCAAAGCCGCAAGCGCAGAGACGCCAGUUGUGGAGAUGGUGUGGUGGAGGAACCGGAAGAGUGUGACUGUGGUCCUCACUGUGAGCAUCACCCGUGCUGUGAAUCAACGUGCACGCUGAGGGAAGGUGCGGAGUGUAGCGAGGGGCUCUGUUGCUACAAAUGCACUUUCAGGAAAAGGGGGGCCUUGUGUCGUCCUGUUGAGGAUGUGUGUGACCUUCCCGAGUACUGCGAUGGCAAAAGCCAGCACUGUCCUGCAAACAGCUACCAGCAGGAUGGCACACGGUGUGACAGGGUUUAUUUCUGCUCUGGAGGUUGGUGUAGGAACCCCGACAAGCAGUGCACAAAGAUAUAUGGGUACCCUGCAAGAUCUGCCCCUGAAGACUGCUACAUUGCAAUGAACACCAAAGGGAACCGGUUUGGAAACUGCGGCCAUCCCCCCUCUCCUAACUUAGGAUAUGAAACAUGUACCGAUGAGGAUGUAUUUUGUGGGAAACUGGUAUGUACAGAUGUUAGAUACUUGCCACUGGUCAAACCCCAACACACUCUUCUCCAGGUUUCUUACGGAGAUGACUGGUGCUGGAGCAUGGAUGCCUAUGACAUGACUGAUAUCCCUGAUUAUGGAGAUGUGCAGACUGGCACCUUCUGUGCCCCAAACAAAGUCUGUGUGGAGUACAUCUGCACUGAUCACGUGGUGUUCCAGUAUGACUGCAAACCACAGGAAAUGUGCCAUGGGCACGGAGUGUGCAACAAUUUCAAGCACUGCCACUGUGAUGCUGGUUUUGCCCCUCCUGACUGCAGCAGCCCAGGCAAUGGGGGGAGUGUGGACAGUGGGCCUGUUGGUAAGCCAGCUGAGCGAAACUUGAGUUUAUUUCCAGUUGUCGACAGGAGGAUAGAGGACGAAGAUGUAAACCUGAAAGUGGUGGUACUUGUGGUCCCUAUAUUUCUUGUCCUUUUACUGUGUUGUCUAAUGCUGAUCGCCUACCUCUGGUCUGAAGUACAGUUUUCAGAGGAGUCAUCAUCAGAGGCGGAUACAGAGGAGGAAAUUAAACGUUGAGCUCUUGGGGCUCCUCCCCCCUCCGUGAAGUUUUAUUUCAGAUCUUUUUAUAGAUCAUUGCUGUCGAUCGAUGUCUCGUAUUUGCAGGACAGUUUUGACUAAAUGGUUUUCAGGGCCUGCUCAUCUUGCACUGUUUCAUGUGGUGUGUUAUCUAUACUGUGUGCAUCUCAGUAACAACUGGCAUUAUAUCACGAGUGUUUUUAUGGUAUCUCAAUGUUCUAACUUGUCCUGUCAGCUAUGGUUCAUAAAAUAGAGGUGAUUUUAAAUAAAUAUAAAUA